AGAGGAGGGCUCAUUGUGAAUGGAUUUGACUUAUAGCACAACCUUCUAAAAAUAAAAAGGAAUUACCGCUUACUCUUUACUACAUAUCCGAUUUAGGACUGGUGGAUAGUAAACCCUAAUCCCCAAUUCUUCGACAUUUUACCGCGAAGGAUCAACUGCUUGGUUCGUCAGAUUGUAAGAUGGUUUGGUCCUGUUUUCUUCCGGAUCUAACGACAGAGAAUCAUAGAGCUGAGGUUGUAACUUGUGCUAAAGAAGAUAGAAUCAGUAACUUACCUGAACACUUGAUAGACUUAAUCUUAGAGCGGGUCCCACUUGAAGAGGCUGUAAGGACAAGCAUUUUAUCAAAAAAGUGGAGCUUUGAAGAAGUUGAUCAAUGGAUGCUACUCUUAUCAAGAAAUGGUGUCAAGGAACUCAUCCUAACUAAUUCAAGUCAAUGUUAUAAACUUCCUUCUAAUGUGUUUUCUUGUCUAGAAUUGAGAAAGUUGGAACUGGAAAACUGUUUUUUCAAGCCACCAGAUGAGUUUGAAGGAUUUGUCAAUCUCAACGAUCUUGAACUCUGUAAUGUUGAUUUUGGGGCUAAUUUGUGUGGAACUAAGAUCAAUUUACCACAACUUAAGGAGUUGUCCCUGUUUAGGUGCACAAAUGUUUACAAUUUCAACAUCAAGGCUACAAAACUAAAGAAUUUGAUUGUCUUCGAAUCUCCUGAUUCCAUGGUGCUUCACUUAUUGCACAAUCCAUGCCUUACUAAGGUUUUUAUGUCUUUUCUGAAACCUAUAGAUGAGUUUGUAAGAGAUGAAGGAAACACAUUGUCCAUUGUGUUAAGUAACUUACCCAAAAUUAAAUCGUUAUAUCUUGAUGGUCUUUUCUUUAAGGUUUUGAUUGGAGAAAAGAUUCCAAAAUUGCUUCCAUGUGUGAUUAGUAGUUUAAAGCAUCUGUGGUUGCUAUAUUAUGAAAUUGCUGAUUUGGAUCAACUUCAUGGUGCUCUUUGUUUGCUUCGGAACUCACCGAAUUUAGAAAGUCUGUCUGUGAGGUUUUUGGAGGAGGAACCUCAAGCCAUUCGUUAUGAUGUGGGACCAGCUUCAGAUCAUUUAGAAUCCCCAAACUGCUUGGACUCUACAUUGGAUCAGUUGAAAAUUGUUGAGAUGACAUGUUUAAAAGGAUCAAAACCGGAACUGCUUUUUAUAAAGCUGCUUCUUGCUCAUUCCCCUUCUCUCCAGAAGUUUACCAUCACAACAAGUGGAGAUCUUGAUGCUAAAAAAAUACUCGACAUCUCAAAGGAUGUCAUGCGCUUCCCUCGAGCAUCACCAAAAGCAGAAGUGGUCUACUUGAACUCGGAGACAUAAUUGUGUAAGAAUGUUUAACAACAUUGUAAAGUAGGUG